CCUUCGGUAAGGUUACGCCGUACGGAUGUGUUUGGUUCACUGCCCCGCAACACCAGCAGCCUGAGCUCCGACCCCAGCUCUUCAAGUUCAUUGUUGGGCGUUGUUGCCAUAGCCACGUCAAUAUCUAGGUCCCUCCUCUGCCGAAAGCUUGGAGAUCAGCAGUCCAUCACCAUGUACGCGUUAUCGCUGACGGCAGAACUGGCAGGUGUCACCAACCUGCGCCCGAACGAUACCCCGGAGAACCCUUUCCAUUAUACGUUCAAGGUGCAAUGCACAUCUUGCAGAGAGGUGCAUCCCAAUCCGGUGACCGUCAGCCGCUUCGACACCAACGAGAUGAGCGGGAGCCGCGGCGAGGCCAACUUUGUAUGGAAGUGCAAGAACUGCAAGAGGGAAUCCUCAGCGUCCAUCAAGGCUGCGCCGACUCCGUACGAGCAGGCCGAGCCGGCGAGAGCACAGAAUGUUCUCGAGUUCGAUUGCCGUGGCCUCGAGUUCACCGAGUUCAUUCCCGAGGGAGAGUGGCUCGCGGACGGCAUCGAGUCUAAUAGCAAGUUCGAAGCCAUAGAUCUGACAGAAGGGGAGUGGUUCGACUACGAUGAGAAGGCGGGAGAGGAGACUGUCGCCGAAUGCUGAACGUCCAACCUCAGGUUGGCAAGGUAUGCCCUUUGUGUGUUCUGGAUGUGGCCAAGCCAUUUCAAAACCAGAGGACCAUUCGUUAUUACGGUACCGUUGUGUAUUACAGUACGCGA